GAGAUAAGAUAUGCAUAUAACAUUACUAAUCUCCGACUCCGCUUGUGAAACUUUAUUGAGUAUGCUAUUGUUAUUGUUGUAAUAUGUAGUAUUUUGUUUUUUUUCUUAAAAUGGAAGUAGAUUUUCACUCCCUUUUGAAAUUUUCCCAGGAGAUUAUUGUUCUUGUCGAUUUGUUUUCUUAUUCCCCAUCGUUUCCAUAAUUUGCAUUUACAUGACCACCACUAUUUGCAUUUCAAGAAUAAACAAGAUAUUAACCGGCAAAAGUUAACAUUUUUUGGUGGAAAACUCUCUAUAAAUAGCAAAUCAAUUGUAUAAACUCUUCAACAUUAAAAAAAUCAAGUUAACAUUCUCAAACAAUUUUGGACGAAACAAAGUGCGACAAUGAACAAGGGGAGUUACCUUAGCCUAGUUCAUUUUAUUGCUUUCUUGAUCCUUGCAAUUUCCAUGGCUUGUAGCAGCACAUUAAUAGUGGAACCUCAAAAUUGCAAGCCAAGUGGAAAGAUCAAAGGAAAAAAUCCCCCAAAAGAUCAAUGUAGCCCUGGUGAUGAAUGUUGUAAAGAAGGAAAAUUUUACACUACUUACAAAUGUUCACCUCCAGUUUCUGGUCACACAAAGGCAAUUCUUACCAUAAACAACUUUGACAAAGGAGGUGAUGGUGGUGGUCCAUCAGAAUGUAGUGGCAAGUACUACCACAACUCUGUCCCUGUGGUGGCUCUGUCCACGGGGUGGUACGGUAAAGGGAGACGUUGUUUUGAGAACAUUACCAUCCAUGCGAAUGGGAGGAGUGUGAAAGCUAUGGUUGUCGAUGAAUGUGACUCGGGUAAAGGAUGUGAUUCUCCACAUGCAUACCUUCCACCUUGCCAGAACAACAUUGUUGAUGCUUCUGAAGCAGUGUGGAAAGCUUUACAUGUUCCAAAGAAAGACUGGGGUUGGCUUGAAAUCUUCUGGUCUGAAUAAUGAAUCUUGAUAUCAUUCCUUUGUCACACUACGUCGUAAAAGAAAAAAAGUUAUCUGGAUAUCAUCAUUAGUUUCCUUGGUACAAUAAAUACCCUGCACAUCCCCAAGGAACUGAUAGCAAAGUUGAGUUUUCCUCUUCAUUAUGUAAUCACAACAAUAACAAUGUUCUUUUCUUGUUUUUUUUUAUCUACUUCCACGUAUCUUUGAGCCAAGAAAAUCAUAUAGAUCUCUUUAAAUGUGGAUUGUAUGCAGAAAU